AUCCGCCGGCACCCGAAAAUUCUUCAGCAACAACCUUUGACAAUUCUGACACUCCGAUUCAAUGGGUCACUCUGGCGGUAUUCGUUCCGGUACUAGAUAUGCGUUCUCACGGAGGUUCCGUGAGAAGGGCAUGAUUCGCCUUUCCACAUACCUUAAGCAAUACAAGGUUGGAGAUAUUGUUGACAUCAAAGCCAACGGGGCCGUUCAGAAGGGUAUGCCUCACAAGGUCUACCACGGAAAGACCGGUGUCGUCUAUAAUGUAACCAAGUCAGCCCUGGGCGUUAUUAUCUAUAAGAAAGUCGGAAACCGUUACCUAGAGAAGCGCGUAAACGUCCGCAUCGAGCACGUCAACCACUCGAAAUGCCGACAAGAGUUCCUGAACCGUGUCAAGGGAAACGCUGCGAAGCAGAAGCAAGCUAAGGAAGACGGAACCCACGUUCAUCUCAAGAGACAGCCAGUCCAGCCCCGCGAGUCUCGUACCGUCUCCACCCAGGACAAUCUCCCAGAAACUGUUACUCCGAUCCCUUACGAGACAACCAUUUAAAUGGAAACUUUAGUUGGAUUGUUUAGGGCUUCUUUUCUUGGUUUUUCUUUGGGUGUUAAAAUAAAAUAAAAAGUUGAUGAGCAAUAGUUCCUGGCAGUUUCGCUUGUCCAAUACUUCGAUGGGGGUUUUCUUUUUAUGAGUAGCUCAGUCAUGGGGGGCACAAUCUAUCAAUGAUUGCACCCCCACUUUUACUAAAUUGAAGCAGCGACAGUGGGAUAAUGCAAACCAUAUCGCACCGCAUGACCUAACGGAUAAGAAAUUUUGGCUUUACUCUUCACUAGCGCUCAAAGGCAUAUUCCGUAUCCGUAUCGCGCACAACCGGGGUAGCACCAGCCUUGAUAGUGAGUGGGGUUUC